UCCUUAGGCAGCCACAGAGAGAGAGAGCGGCCCUAUCGUUUCCAGGGUUCCUUGAGCAGCCACACGGAGAGAGAGAGAUGGUGGAAAAAGCGAGCAAAGGGAGGAAGGAGGAGGUCGUCACCAGAGAGUUCACCGUCAAUCUCCACAGACGCUUGCAUGGCUGCACAUUUAAGAAGAUGGCUCCAAAGGCCAUAAAAGAGAUAAGGAAAUUUGCACAGAAGGCAAUGGGGACGACAGACGUGAGGGUUGAUGUGAAGCUGAACAAGCAUAUAUGGAGCAGGGGAAUCCGGGGUGUACCGAGACGGGUCCGCGUGCGCAUUGCCCGCAAGAGGAAUGAAGAGGAGGAUGCAAAGGAAGAGCUCUACUCGUUGGUAACGGUUGCAGAGGUCCCACCUGAGGGGCUCAAGGGUUUGGGGACCAAGGUGAUUGAAGAAGGAGAUUAGAUUAAACUCUUAUUCAACUCAGGUAAGCAUUUCAAGUUAAUUUUUUUGGCUUUGAGAUUUGUAGGAUUUUUUUUUCCAUAAUUUUUAUGCGAUUCAGACUGGUGAUCAUGUUCUAAGUGCUUGAGUGGAAAUGUUUAGUUGUAUUUCGCAUCAAUGCUUAAUGGUACUUAAAGUUUUAAAAA